CACUCCUUUCCUCCUCCUUGGCGUCCAUCAUACUUCUGGAACGUCCCUACCUCUAUGGUCUGACGCCCAACUAUUUUGCCACUCUACAUCAUGUCCAACCGACCCCUCCUCGGAGCACUGGCGGAAAGUGCCGCCGGAGAAUGGGCAGCCAUUAUCUCCCUCGUUUUCGGCGGAUGCUGCUCCAACGUGUGGGCUCUUGAGGCUGUCCUGAAGAACUACCCCUCCUCUGGCACCUUCCUCACCUUUGCCCAGUUCGCUUACGUUGCUGUCCAGACAAUCUCCUCCCAGAUUGUCUGGAAGAAGGGCAGCUGUGUCCCAAGGUGGCGCCGUAAUGUCGUCCCCAUCAAGCGCUGGAUGGUUCAAGUUGUCCUCUUCUUCGCGGUCAGCCUUAUGAACAACUACGCCCUGGGACUCAAGAUUCCCGUCACCGUUCACAUCAUCUUCCGCUCCGGGGGCUUGUGCGUCUCCAUGCUUACUGGCUACUUCAUCGGACGGAAACGAUACUCGGCAGGCCAGAUUUUCGCUGGUGUAGUCAUCACCGUUGGCAUCGUGCUCGCGACCAUGUCGGCUCCAAAGCCGCCCCGUCGGGUGUCCACGACUACGGCCGCCGCUGCUGAAGCCGAAGAAGAGUACCUCUCCGAGAGUGUGCAGUAUGUCGCGGGCAUUGGACUUCUUUCGCUGGCUCUUUUCCUUUCCGCCUGGCUGGGAUUGUGGCAGGAGAGCACGUACCGACAGUACGGAAAUCAGUGGCGUGAGGCGCUCUUCUACAACCACUUCCUCUCCCUUCCCUUCUUCCUUCCUAUGUACGCGUCGCUGUCAAGAACAUUCAGCGCGUACAUGUCCUCGCCACCUGUCACGCUGCUAGCCGUGCCAACGCCUGACAUGGCACUCUUCUCUCCUGUCGAUGACGCGAAACGAGAGCUCAUCAAAUGGCGCGAACUUGCCGUUCCCGGCGCACUCUUCGCUCUUGCAGUCAACGUCGUCACGCAAGGGUUGUGCAUCCGCGGCGUCAAUCGAUUGACAUCGCGCGUGUCGUCAACUACUGUGAAUCUCAUUUUAACCGUCCGUAAGGCCGUGUCACUAGCCCUGUCAUUGUGGUUCUAUGGCAGCGGGUGGUCGUGGGGCCUGAUUGUGGGCGGUACGAUGGUACUAGGCGGCACAAUGGUCUACACCAUGGCCGCGCCUCCACGAGUUGAGCCGUCCAAGAAGAAGGAGAAGGACGCGAUCGAACUUGACAAUCGAGGCGACGAGAGCGACACGAGCUCGAUUAGCACUGCUCUCAACGUGAGAACAAAUGGCGUUGCGUCCGUGCCCGACGCCCUUAGGCAACGCUAG